GGACGUGUUCGAACAAUAGCAGCAGGACGACGAGGAAGAAUAGCAGCCACUUCGCUGGUCGCGUUGACACAUCAGUCGAAGACAGCCCCGCUGAUUGCUGACUAUGGCGCAUCACGGGGCACCACCUCCACCCGGCUUCAAGGCGCCAGAGAAGCCUGAACAAGCACAGAACACUUCACAAAUGUCGAGCCCAGGAUCCACAGACACCUUCCUCAGUUCCUGCAUUACUUGCGUUGUCGUUGCAAUACUGAUUACUCUAGUUGUCAUCAUCAUAGUCCUGUUCCGAUGCUUCGGUAGCAAAGAUAAAAGAGAAUGUCAUCGCCCUGGUGAACUGAUUCCUUAUAACCCGUACGGGAAUACCACGCAGAGCUGUGACUACGAGGAGUGCAGGGUCUUCGUCGGUAGUCUGCGCGACUCCCUAGCAGAGUUCCUGGAGCCAUGCGAUGACUUUUUCGAGUUCGUUUGCGGCGGCUGGAUGAAAAAAGCUAGAGUCUCACCGGAUGAAGUUCUCCUCACUACUGUAAUUGAGUCCCACCGCAAAGUAGAAGACGAAAUUGGCGAGAUCCUGAACAACACCGUGAUCUCGUACCGCGAUCAGACAGCCAUGCAGAAGGCGUCCGCGCUAUACCAAGGAUGCAUCAAUAUGGACCUCCGGAACAGUAAGGGUGUGAAGCCUCUGGAAGAUCUGCUGACCUACUUCGAAAUCCCCAACUGGCCCGUGGUGAACCAGACGGCGCAGUUUCGAAUCUUCCACAUUUUGGGGAGCGUCAUCAGAGAACUCGGCCUGGACGCGAUCAUUUCGGUUCGAGUGGGCAUGGACUAUCAUAAUAGCGACCGAUAUAUCAUAUACAUUGGGCAGCCGUCGUUUGGAGUGGAGAGCAUAGUCCUACGCGGUCGCUUCCGCUCACCCUUCUUUAGAAUCUUGCACAGGUACAAGCUGUACAUCUAUCGCAGCGCCAUCUUGCUCGGUGCCAGCGUAACAGCGGCUGACGUUGUCAACAACAUCGUCGCAUUUGAGAGCAAACUGGCUGCGCUUACUGAACCUCUGGAAACACUCAACAACCCGAGGCGAGUUUACAACCUCAUGUCGUUAAGAACACUGGAAAGCUCCAUAAAAGAGAUCCCUUGGACAUAUCUCCUUAACAUUAUUCUCAAAGAGGUCGGCGUUUCCUUGGAUACAGACGACCAUGUUGUGAUCACGCACCCAUUGUAUCUCAAGAGGCUUUCCAGGCUCCUGAAGGAAGUUCCAAGCUCUGCAGUGGCUAACUACUUGGGCUGGCGCAUAGUACAGAUGAUGGGUAACCACGCCCUUGAGCGGUUCCGUCGUGCCCGCUUCCGAUUCGAUCGCUACCGGUACCUUCUCCAGGACAUCACGGAACUACCACGAGAGUGUGUGCGAAUGACUACGAAGCUCUUGCACUUCGCAGUAGGACGGCUCUACUUCGACCGGCACAUCACCAGGCCGGCAGAACGUUAUCGCAAGGUGUACGAGGUAGCAGAGGAGGUUCGCGACGCCUUUGAAGUUCUCGUAGAUUUGAAUACUUGGAUGGACGACGAGACAAAAGAAAGAGCAAGGCAAAAGCUGCACCACCUGCAGAUGAACAUCGGAUUUCCUCCAUGGAUUCGGAGCGACAGGGACCUUGAUGAGUACUACAAGGAUAUACCUGACCUCCGCAAAGAAGAGUAUUUCAUCAGCUUCUUGAGAACUCUUAAGAUUCACAACCGCAUCGCACUUGCAAGGCUCAGGCGCUACAGGAGAGCUCAAGAUUUUGGGUGGUAUCCUGAAGACGGCGAAUGGGGCAUGCAGUACAGCUUGCUGGGAAAUUAUUUGCUUCUGCCGGUGGACUACCUUCAGUUCCCGUUCUUCCUCAUGGCUCUCGCUCCGCCCAUAAACUUCGGUGCUCUUGGGUCGAUCAUAGGCCAAUACAUGACUUAUGGGUUCGGCGAACAAGGUGCCUUGUAUGACGAACGGGGAAAGCUGGUGGAAUGGUGGUCCCGGGAGUCUCACCGGAAAUUUACAGCCAGCGCCAACUGUCUCAUGCAGCAAUACGAUCAGUUCAGCAAUCCCGUUACUGGCAGAAGGCUCAAUGUCAAUUCUACUCUGGAGACCAGUAUCGCCGAUAACGCUGGUUUGAGGCUCGCAUACAAGGCCUACAGAGUCUAUAUGACCAAAUAUGAAGAACUGUACGGCGCUUAUACAAUCCCGAACACCGAACCCUGGAAUCUGGAUCAAAUAUUCUUCAUCUCCUACGCUAUGGCACGCUGCGAGGUUUCUCGAAAGCGUUCAAUGUACUUUUACCUAAGGCCUCGAGAACAAAUACCAAACCGCUUCAGGACUAUUAUUCCGUUGAUGAACUUCGAGCGGUUCGCGGACGCCUUCAACUGCCCCCUUGGAGGCAUCAUGAACCCGGAGCAGAAAUGCGUCGUCUGGUAGAACUCGUGGCACCUGCAAUAUGUGUGCCUAUAAUAAAUUUGGUCUCUAUGGCCUAUAAUAAAUUUG